AUGAUGACGAGCUUUUGCAGUGAAAAAGUCUACCCUUUCUUGUGUUUAUCAAAUUCCAAACACAAUGGAACACUUCUAGACUUUUCCCUCCCCUGCCUAAAUAUUUUCACCGCCGCAUCAAUCGGCGGCGACAACUUUGACCCUCAAAACACAACCAAUUACUCCAUGACACCACCAGCCGCCGCCGCCACAGGGAAAAAGGAUCCCGUCGGAAUUGGGUUCUUAGACGAAGUUGGAGGGAGUGUUGAUGGAUUAAUGUCUUGUACAGAGAGUCUCGGUUUCGAGAGCUCCGAUGAGAGGACAGUAGAUGAUCAAAUUGAGGAUCUAGGUUAUCGUGACGAAUUAGCUUUGUUGUCUAGGAAAUCAAAUUGUAGCAAUAAUAAUUCAAGGUGCUGGCAAAGAAGUCAUUUGGGCGAGAAGAAAGAAAAGAAGGAGUUUCCACCGCCAUUAUCGUCGUUGAGUCAAGAUGGAAAGCCCAAUUUCUUCAUGCGUGCGGUGAGGAAAGAUGGACGGUUAGAAUUGACAGAGGUGAAAAUUGAUCGGCCCGAAACUUUCCGUGCUUCCCGCCAAGAUGGACGGCUGAGAUUGCAUCUAAUUCGCGAUCUCGAAGAAGAAGAAGAAGACGAAGAUUUUGCCGUGGAAACAGAGGAAGACGUAGAGGAAGUAAUUGAAGAAGAAGAUAUUGAAGAGUGGAGGUUUCCGGUGACGGGAAGUGGAAUUGGAGAUAGUCAUCGGAGAUGUUACGGCGACCAUGGUAAUAACCACCACCAUCACGACCGUAAUUUACAUUUGUGGAGGCAACGGUGUGUGACAACUAGGUGAAUUUAAAU